AAACGAUGCUCCAACGCCCAAGGUCAGCUUUGAUUGGCGGACGCCCUCUUUCGUCAGCGAGCUUAACGACUGUGACGGCCUCAGCAUUAAAACGUCCCGGCGCUUCAACAACGCGUUCUCCUGCUUGAUGCCCGCCCACCCGUAUCGAUUGCGGCAUCAUUACUCAUGAUCCAUCGCCGAGCAUCCAAGCGCGCCUGGUCGACAAUGAACAACGCCCCGGGCCAGAUGGCCCAGCAAGGCCAGCCCCAGCCUCAGGGCGGCCAGGCUCCCGCUGCCCAGAACCGACCGCCCAUGUACCAGCCCGGCCAGAUCAAAAACUUGCCAUACCUCAGUGAUGACGAGAAGACCAAGUACGAGCAGGGCCUGCGGGGCCUGUGGACGAAGAUGAACGGGUCCCCAAGCAACAGCCCGGAUCAAAUCGCGGCUCGACAGAAGAUUAUCGAGUUUUCCAGAAUGUUGAUAGGCAAGAUUCAACAGCGAAGGACUCAUGCUGCUCAGCAACAGCAACAGCAGCAACAACAGCAACAACAACAGCAGCAACAACAACCCCAAGCCCGACCACAAGCAGCACCAUCACAAGCACAGCUGCAAGCGCAACCGAACGCUGCCCUCCAAGCCCAGGCUCAAGCCCAGGCCCAAGCACAAGCACAAGCACAAGCACAAGCACAACAAGCACAACAAGCUCAACAAGCUCAACAAGCUCAACAAGCUCAGCAGGCUCAAGCCCAGGCUCAAGCUCAGCAGGCGCAGGCUCAACAGGCACAGGCUCAACAGGUUCAGGCUCAGCAGGCUCAGGCUCAGCAGGCUCAGGCUCAGCAGGCUCAGUCGCAAGCACAGCAACAGAAGCCUCAGGGGGCCGGAAAUGGUGAAGCUCCGGGUGCGGCCGGUCAGGCGCAGAAUGCUCAAGCUCCGGCAACGACAGCGGCUGCCGCGGCAGCAGCACAGCGUCCUAAGAUACCCGAUGCCUACAUGCAGCAUGUCAACAAGAUGACAUUCCGACCGCCGGUGCAGCUUGCUGACAAGUCCGCCGAAGCUGCCAAAUGGAUCGAGGAAAUGAGGGAGCGCUAUGCUCGGGCCCUCAUGACCAUGGAAACCACCAAGAACAAGGUGGCGCAAUGGGAAAAGCUGCUCAACGAUCGGACAGCUCAGGGCAAUCCCCUCAAGGAGGAAGAAGUUCGGCAGAUUCAGUUGAGAAAGGACCAGCAACUCAAGCUCUACGCCGAAGCCCACAAAUGGGUAGAGGGCGUUCGGAAGCAGCAGGGAAGCCUUCAGGGCGCUGGCCAAGCCCAGGCCCAUGCCAACCAAGCGGCAGCUGGCGCAGCUGCUGCCCACGCUGCCGCCCAGCCUGGCAACGCGACGCCAGUCAUGUCCACGGCUGCUCCGGCUGCAGCGGCUGCCAACAAGCCUCAGAAUAGCGCGCAAAUGACCAACGCCGCCGCGGCAGAGGCAGCCAAAGGUCAGCAACAGGUGACUGCUACGCCCACACCGCAGCCGCAACCGCAAGCACGGCCCGUUCCGAACGCUCCCAUGCAACAGCAGAUGCAGGCACCCCAGCUGCAGCAUCAACAGUUACCUCAGCAACAUCAACCGCAGCCGCAACCGCAACAACAACAACAGCAUCAGCAACAACAGCUGCAGCAUCAGCAACAGCUAUCACAGCAGCACCAGAUGCAGCAGCAGCAGCAGCACCCUCCCCAGCAACCACAACAGCACCAGAUGCAGAUGCAACAGCAGAUGCAACAGCAGCAGCACCCGCAAGCGCAACCGCAGCAGCAACAGCCUCAGCCACAGAUGCAAAUCAAGACGGAACCGCCGCGGCCCGCACCAGCCCAGGUUGCUCAGCAGACUGCAUCUCCCGCUCAAGCUGGUGCACGAGUACCAACCCCACAGACUGCAACACCCGUCGCUGGCCCAGCGGCAAUGUCCCUCGCUAACCAACGGGCGACGGGCAACACGCCGGGAAGCGCACCGCUGCAGAACCAGCAGCCUGCAAACAUCAACACAGCCGCCGUCACGGCUACCACCACCAACCCAAACAUGGGCGUCCAGGGAUCGCAGCUUCAGCAGGGCCACCCGCAUGCUCACCCCACGCAGCAGCAGACCACUCUGCCGGAAAAGGCCACUGCAGUACCCCAGGGAGUGGCCGUGGGUGGCGGCGGCGGUGGAACGGUGGGAGGUGUCAUGAACCAACCCGCAGGCGACCAUGUUCUCAGCAAGAAGAAGCUGGAUGAGCUCGUGCGCCAAGUUUGCGGAGGGUCUGCAGAGGGUCAAGAUGGCAACCUGCUGACUCCAGAGGUCGAAGAGAACGUCCUGAACCUGGCCGAUUCGUUUGUGGAUAAUGUCCUUCACGCGGCGUGCAGGAACUCCAAGGAACGCGGGUCCAAGGUCCUCGAGAUACGCGACAUCCAGCUCAUACUGGAGCGAACUUACAACAUCCGCGUCCCAGGCUAUUCCUCCGAUGAGCUGCGCACGGUGCGUAAAGUCCAGCCAUCUACGGGCUGGAUCGCAAAGAUGAGCGCUGUCCAAGCUGCCAAGGUGAUGCCGGGAAAAGGCGAGUAAUUGUGGCUCG